GAUAAUACAUAGCUCCAUGAUCGUAUUGAGGUGCAAAUUCGCUAACGCUGCUCGAGAUAGCGCGCGCUGCAUGAACAGAUCGAGCGCCAUUUAUCCAUGACCCAUAUCAUGCCAGUGCAGUAGUAGUCGAAUCGUCGACGAAGCGCGCCCUCGAUCAUUUGAAGAGCUAUUUCCCAGACUUUUCGCUGGAGUACUUGAAGUACUGACUGGGAAACUUCUAUUAUUCCGUUUUUUAUACUCGAGAGCGCAUACCGUACUCCAGUUGAACAGUGCAUAUGGUAAGAUCGUGAGUACCGGUAAGGCGGUAUACUGUCUGUGGUUUGGAUGUUCACGCCAGGUCUAAAGCAAAAUGCCAUUGCUUCGUCGUCGAGAAUUUCGACCUGUGAAAUUACCAAAAGAUCUGAAACCAACAGAGGAAGUUUUCCUGUGUCGACUUACAAAUGAAAUCUUCAGAGAUUAUGAUGAUUUCUUCAAGAGAACCAUUCUUUGUAACAGUCUGGUAUGGAGCUGCAGUCUUACAGGACGCCCAGGUCUGACUUAUCAGGAGGCACUGGAGAGUGAAGAGAAAGCCCUCAAGUUCCUCUCCAGCUUUCCUGUUUAUCUGGAGACACCGGUGCUCCUCCUUGCUCGGAUGACCCAGCGAGGGAGAUUAUCUGACAUGUGUGAAGACAUCUUUGCCUUUGUGAAGGACCGUUUCUUUGUUGGAGAGAUAGUGGAUGUUGUCCACUUAGAUACCAGAGAAACCUGUCGGGUUAACCGAGUGAUCGUACCUCCCGAAUACAUGGAUGAUGUCAGUGUGUCAUCAGAGAGCAGUGAUGAUGAAGUCAUCUUUAUCAAGGAUGAUGGAAAGGAAGAAAAGCUCAACACUUCUCAUGGAGAACAAAAGACUCCCAAAAGGACGUUGAAACCACAGAUGCUAAAGCCAGCCACAUACAGAUAUGAAGUGACUUCUCUUCAGGGUUCUGGGACAUAUAUUGCUCCUCAUGCCAACGUCAGUCGCAAGAGAGGGCUCUUCACAAAGGACAAGAAUAAACUUUACUUGAAACACCACUGUAAGGUGAUUGACUUCAUCUGGAGUGUUAAGCCCCAAUAUGUUGACAAGUUUCAGCUGGAUAAGAAAUCCUUUGGGGACUUUUUUGCUGGUCCCUUGCCCAACUUUUCGUCCACUCCUGCGAAGAGGAAUGUGCAUAAGGUCAUGGUUGAAUCAGAUCCAGGGUCAUCUGCCGAUGAUGAAACAGAGGAGGAGGAAGAUGACGAGGAUGACGAUGAUGACAUCCCACUCAUGGAAGUGAAGAAAAAGGCAGAGGCAAAGAUGGGCAAGAAAAAAAAGAACAAGGGUGCCAACAAAGAGAACCAAGUAGCCCAGCUGAAGCUAACAAAGGAAGAACGGGCAGAAAUGAGAGAGAAGAUGAAGGCUCAAAAAAUUGCUGAGAAGCUUGAGCUGAAGCAGAAGCUGGCUGAAGAAAGAGCAUUAGAGAAGGCCAAGAGAUGGGAAGAACUUGCCAGACUCAAAGAAGAACAGAAAGUUCAGCGAGAAAAGGAGAGAAUAGCGAGGAGAGAGCAAAUGAAGAAGGAUAUUGAAGAAAGCAAGGAGCGAAGGAGAAAGGAAAGGGAGGAGGAGAGAGAACGCCAAAGAGCAUAUUACAUUCAAAUGAAGGAGUAUAUGAAACCAAGAGAAGACUUAGAGUGUGAUGACCAGAAGGAUCUGCCAGAGCCUGUUCCUCUAUCAGGAAAGAUUCCUCAGGAGUUAUUUGGUGACUGUAUACUACUACUUGAAUUCUUACAUGCAUAUGAAGAAGAGUUAGGACUCAAAGAAGACUUCCCUGAUGGUGUCUCAUUAGAGCUUUUUGCAGAAGCAAUAACAACGAACAAAGUAGACGGUGCCAUGUUUGAAAUAACAAGGUUCUUAUUGAAAGCUCUCUUCAGAGUUCAAGAAGAAGACGAGGAGGAAUGGAAGACUGAUUUAGAAGAGCAAGGGAUGGAAGUACCUAAGUUGAAUAUAUGUGAAGCUAAGUUAGAAGAAGAUCCUGACCCGACCUAUGGAGCUAUGAGUAAAGCAGCUACAGCAGCUCUUGCAUGGCCAGUAGUUCAUCAAGGUACGGAGCUGAGGAAGCUCUCUAUAGAUCCUCCAACUCUGACAGAGAUUGUACGGCUUCACUUCCUAUCAUCUGGAGCAAACACUACAGGAUAUGAGGAUUCUAAAUGGCGUUACCAGCAGAGAGGUGGCUAUACGUUUCAUGAUGAUGCUGGUUUGGAGUUCCGUAUGCAGGAGUCCGCAAUCCUCAAGACCCUCACUAAAGGAAACAUUUAUGAUCUCAGUUCAGAAGGUAAAUUGAAGGUUCUAACAGCUCUGACCAAUCAGCUACUGACGUAUGUGACUAUGCGUGAAGUCAUUGAGGACAGCUAUGAUACGUGGAAUACGACUCGCAGGGAACUUCGAGAUCUUCAUCGGCAAGAACAACGUCGGGAAAAGGAAGAAGUCACUGCAAAAUGGAGAUUGAGGAUGGAGGAAAGGUUGAAUGAGAAAGUACAGGUUGAGAAGGAUAGGCUUGCUAAGCUAUCACAGGAAGGUGUUAUAGAGAAUGGAGAAGCUCAGGGUUCAAGUACUCUUCAUGUUAGCACUCCAGAACAACCAGGAAGUAGACCUCAAUCAAGGGCAAAAGAGAAUUCCCCUGGUGAUUCAAUAGAGACAUCGGACCUUCCUACACCAGGGAUGUCCCUUGCAGAGAUUGAGAAGAAGAGGAAAGAGAUUGCAGAGGAUAGUGCUGAAAAGAAAGCAGAGUUCUUAAAGCAGGAAGCGCAAUUGACAAGGGAGAUUAGUGAAGCCAUUAUGAAGUACAAUGUGAAUCCAAUCGGGGAGGACAGAUUUUUCCGUAGGUACUGGAAGUUCAAUUCAUUGCCAGGAUUAUUUGUGGAGUGUGAUCGAAACAUUGAUGAAGAUAUUCUGAAGAGGAUGGAGGAGGACAUGUAUGCAAAGCAAACAACCAAAGUUGAACAUUUUGGUGCUCGCGAAGAUAUCCAGUCAACAACUGAGCACAAUACCUCUAAUAGCAGUAACAAAGAAAAUGUGGACAGUAAUGUGAUAGCCAAUGGAGCAGUUACAAAUGGAGAUGUGCCUUCAGAAACUCCUAAGGACCUGACAGCUGGUGAGAAAGAGACCCCUAUGGAGGUCAAUAAUGUAGAAAUGCUCAGUGUUGAAGCGCCCACUGGUCACCCUGUUUCAAAGUGCCAUUGGGCUUUCUACAAUGAAGCGAGUCAGAUUGAUUCGCUCUUAGAAGCUCUGAACACACGAGGUCUCAGGGAAGCAGCUCUCAGAGACAGUCUCCAACAGGAGAAGGCUUCAAUAAUUGGCUCCCUGAAUGCAGUCCCAACAGACUUCCUCACUAAACAUCCAUCAGAUGAAACAGAUGUGGAUUCCCAACCAGCAGUAAAGAAGCAAGUGGAGGUGAAGAUGACUAGUGGCAAGAAAGGUCUUUUAUCAAAUAGUGCUGAUGGUGAUGAGAAACUUGAACUUAUGCUCAGGGAACAGAUUCUGGAUAUUGAAGAUCGUUUAUGGCAGGGUGCUUUAGGCUUUGUCAAGGUGACUGACCGUUCAGCUUGGGUAGCAGCGAUUGAGCAGGGAUCGUACGAUCGUCAGUGUAAAGAGAUUUCUUGGGGACCUGUCUGGGCACGUUCUAUGUUAGAUGAUGGUGACUUCCUAAACAUGUCUUUGUCUGAUCUACCUCUCCCAGAGGAGAAACCAAAGUCAAAGGAUAGGCUGUCUGCUUUGAAGAAAGGUGAUAGCGGUUCUACAGGUUCACCUGCGUCUACACGAUGUAAUACACCUGAUCUUGCCGAUAAUGUAGUUAGAGAUCUAGCGUGUGCUCUGCUUCAGGUAUCUCAAGGUGCCGAUGAUAAAUACCUCAAAGCACCUCUUGGAAAUCCAGAAGAAAACAAACCAAUGACAAGAACAAGGAAAAAGCAAGAUGAAGAGAAAGAGAAGGAGGAAGAAGAUGAUAAAGAAGAGAAGAAACCCAAGAAGACAUGCCGUGAGUGUUGGGAAGAAUCUUUGAUGGCCUGCACCAGCCUGUCUCAGAUCUUCCUUCAUCUCUCCACCCUUGAACGUUCAGUCACAUGGAACAAGUCAAUCCUGAAGGCUCGUUGCAGGAUGUGCCGUCGUGGUGGUAACCCUGAAGCUAUGUUGCUAUGUGAUAGCUGUAAUAGAGGUCAUCACAUGUUCUGCCUCAAACCUCCCCUCAAGAAAGUGCCACAGGGUGAUUGGUUCUGCAAAGACUGUGCCCCCAAGCAAAUCAAGAGAAGCCCUCACAAACAGAGAGCAAAGAAGAAACAAGUCGUAGAAGAAUCAUCCAGUGAGGAGGAGGAGGAGGAAGAAGAGAGUGAAGAAAGCUCAGAGGAAGAAAAGGAAAGUGAAGAUGAGGAGGAAGAGGAGGAGGAAGAAGAAGAUGAAGAAAUGGAAGUCGAUGUUGAAGAAGAAGAAGAAGAGGAAGAGGAAGAGGAAGAGGAGGAAGAUGAUGAUGAAGAUAAUGACAGGAAACUGGAGGCCAUGAACCGUGUGGCCCGUAGGCGACUCCAUGGUAUCAACCUUGACCACAAUGAGCUGUGUAGGUCGUGCGGACAUGCCGGCCAGCUCAUUCUCUGCCAUGACUGCCCCAUAGUCUACCACUGCGAAUGUCUUGAUCCUCCCUUAAUAAAACUUAACCAAGAUCAGUGGUACUGUCCACUAUGUGUCCAGGAUAGAGCUACCAAUUGGUAAAUCCCAUCUUAUGUCCUUUCAGAA